AUGGGCCAGUUACCAGAACCACGCGUUAGACCAUCUCGUCCCUUUCUCCACACUGGUGUAGACUACGCCGGACCUCUCACUCUCAAAGCCUGGAAAGGAAGAGGAGCAAAGACACACAAAAGCUGGGUUUGUGUGUUUGUCUGCUUCGCCACCUCAGCAGUCCACCUCGAAGCCGUAAGUGAUUACACUACCGAAUCAUUUAUCGCUGCGUUCCGUAGGUUUACCGCUCGACGAGGCAUCUGUGAAACCUUAUACUCAGACUGCGGAACCAACUUCAUGGGAGCCGAUGCCACUCUCAAGACCAUGUUCUCAAAGGCCUCCUCACAAAACCAGGUCAUCGCCGAACUCCUCUUGAAAGAAGGUACUAACUGGUGCUUCAACCCACCGGCAGCUCCUCACAUGGGAGGAAAAUGGGAAGCAGCAAUCGAAGCCAUCCUCAAUUCUAGACCUCUCGAACCGCUCAGCGAUGAUCCUGAAGACUGCUCCGCUCUCACACCAGGCCACUUCUUAAUAGGUACAGCUCUGAACACCGUACCUGAGCCAUCUCUCGAAGACCUCUCGACUUCUCGACUGUCAAGAUGGCAGUUAAUUCAGCAACGCACCCAGCAGUUCUGGUCCAAAUGGUCAACUCAAUUUCUACAACGUCAGCUGUCCAUCUCAAAGUGGCACCAUCCAGCCCAUGACAUAAAGGUUGGGUCACUAGUACUCCUCACCGAUGAAAGAUUACCUCCAUGCAAGUGGCCAUUAGGGCGAGUAAUGGCUGUGCACCCAGGGACAGACGGCCUUGUUCGUGUCGUCACUCUCAAGACCUCCACGUCCACUCUAACCAGACCGAUCUCGAAGUUGGCAAUCCUGCCAGUGUCCACUCCAGACGAAGCAAGAAAGAAUUUCAACCCCUCAAGUCUUCUCGAUAACUAA